UUUCACUCACGCACACACACUCUCUCUUACACAUCAUACGUAGCCAAGGGCAUGGACGCCGAGCAUGUGGAAGCGGGGCGUGCGUAUCUCAACCACUUCCGCAUCCUGGAGCUGUUCAAGGAGCUGACAACAGCGAUGAUCGCCGACCAGCCGGAGAACCCGUACAUGUUUGUGGCAGAUGUUGUGGCGCAGCUGGGGAGAGAAGCAGCACGGGCUGAUCAGACGGUGGUGAAUCCGCGUAAGGUCCGGACCUACAUCAAGAACAUGCCCAAGCGGGUGGUGUCAGACCGAGUGCCGUCGGUGAUGGAGGCGCGCAUGGGGACAGCGGCGUCGUAUGUGGCGUCGCCGUCGCCGGCAGCAGCCGGGCGGUCGCCUGCGGCACGGGCAUCGCCGGGCGCCGGCUCGAUCACCCCGUCGCGGAUGGGUGCGGCGAUCUCGCGGCGAAGCCGAGUCAACCUCUCGCGGCAGGGCCCGCCCGUUCCGCUCGACGCGUCGCACGUGGUCUCGGCAGCCAAGGUCGACGCUCUGCUUCGCGGCGACCAGGCAGCCAAGCAGACCAAGGGUAGCGGCGAGGCCUGGCUGCACACUGUCGACUCGGACGAGUCGUCUGACUCGGGCGAAGGCUACGAUCCGCGCGAUGUCCGCUCGGGGCUGCGGCCGCCCGCACCUCCGGCCUUUACCGGUCUCGAUUCUAGCAUCACUGCCACAGACCUCAAGCGUACUCCCGCUGACGGCGACGCACCUGCGGCCGGUGGCGAGCCAGUGGUAGCAGCAGCAGCAGACUUUGACUUUGCCUCGGGUGAGCCGGCCAUCAAGCCCGGCGAUGAGCCCACCAUCCUCACCCGCGCCGACACCUCCCACUCGUUCGAAUCAGACUCGGGCUCGUCCUCCUCGUCGAGCUCCGGCUCUACAUGACCUCCUCUCAACCCAGCCAUCACCACGCAGUCCUCUCCAUCUAAAAGACGGGGGAAAAGCA